UUCUGACCACUGCUCCUCUUGCAGGAAUCACUACUAAGGGUUUUGGGUUUGGUUUUGUUUUUUUAAGGUUUAUCUGGUUUGUUUUUAUUUUGGGGGCAAGGGGUUGAGACACCUUCACUUUUCAAGUUUAAGAAACAUAAAAUGGCACCAAAGAAGGACGUAAAGAAACCAGCAGCAGCAGCAGCACCUGCACCAGCACCUGCACCUGCACCUGCGCCAGCAAAGCCCAAAGAGCCUGCAAUCGACCUCAAGAGCAUCAAGAUCGAGUUCUCCAAGGAGCAGCAGGAUGACUUCAAGGAGGCCUUCCUCCUCUUUGACAGGACUGGUGAUGCCAAGAUCACCUUGAGCCAGGUCGGUGAUAUCAUCCGGGCUCUGGGGCAGAACCCUACAAAUGCUGAGGUCAACAAGAUCCUGGGCAACCCCAGCAAAGAGGAGAUGAAUGCCAAGAAAAUUACUUUUGAAGAGUUCCUGCCCAUGUUGCAAGCAGCUGCUAACAACAAGGAGCAGGGCACCUAUGAGGACUUUGUUGAAGGUCUGCGUGUCUUUGACAAGGAAGGCAAUGGCACAGUCAUGGGAGCUGAGCUCCGUCACGUACUGGCUACUCUGGGUGAGAAGAUGACAGAAGAGGAAGUAGAUGAACUCAUGAAAGGUCAGGAAGACUCCAAUGGCUGCAUCAACUAUGAAGCAUUUGUAAAGCACAUCUUGUCUGUCUAAGUGGUCUUCCCCAGACACCAGAAUAGCUCAAAUUCAGAAAGACCAGAUGACACUUGAGAGUCUUGCUCAGCCUGUCAUCAGCAACAUGGAAGCUGCACAGAACUGGAUGAUAAGCCUCCAACCCCACCACUAUUUUAAUUUACCAGUGCAUCCAUAGGGAUCACAUCUGUGUCAUUAUACCUUCAGAUAAAACGCCUGAACUUCCACCAAGGCAAGCUAAAAAGAUUAAACCACUACCAUCCAGGAUCCAUCCAUUGAUCCCAAGCAUCUCCUUCCAUGUUGCUUGCCUUGAAACAAUGUCAUCUCUUGGAAAAUAAGCAUCAAUAAAUCUUUGUGGUCUUUU